GAGAGAGAAGGGAGGAGAGAAAGGAAGGGAAGGAGGAGGAGAAUGAGUAGACUAGGUUUAUAGAAUCAGCGUCCCCUAUGAACACAACGAAUGACAGUUCGGCUUGCAUCACAGGUACGAACGCCUCCGAUUGGUUGAAGCACAGUUCUGAAGGAGAAGACAGAGGAAGGACUUCAAGGGCCUGAGCAUGCGCUAUUGUGUCUCCAGUCCGUACAUAUGUAAGACAAAAUCCUUCUGUAGCUAUAAACAUUGCUGUCUGACAUCCACUGUCGUGGUAGACUACAAGAAUAGGUAUUUUCUACUAAGAACUGGACCUACACACAUCUAGAGCUCCUUUCGGUUUCAUUUUAAGGUUCUUUUCGGGUUUAGCUUUGGCUGUAGCCUAUCCAACCCUAACCUCACCGAAACGGGGACUCUAACCCAGACGGGAAUCGAGUCCUGUUGGUUCUCCUUCCCCAGGGCAGCUCUCUUCUCUCUUUCUCUCUCUCUCUCUCUCUCAUCUCUCGCUUCUCCCACCUGCCCCCUCCUCUCCCUCUUUCACCCCUUCCACACAGAUGCACCCCGCUGCCCAGCUCGACAGGAGCGAUGGGAUGUGUCAACUAGUAGAUGACACAGUCCUGGACCAUGUAAGGGAGCUGAAGGAUAAAUCUGCAGUGUUUCUACCAGAGCGAGAGACUGGAGGAGCGAGGGAAGAGGAGGAAGAUAGAGGAAUGGGCGUGGGGAAGAAUACCACCUCUAUGUUGAUGGAGGGAGGAGAAGGGGCAAAGUAUGAGGAGGAGAACAAACACAGCGCAGACUUCUACCCCAUUCCGGUGGUGGUGAACGGAGUGGAACAGGCCGCUGGAGAGCAGGACACUGAAGACACUGAGCUGAUGGCCAUCUACACUAAAGAGAUCCAGGAAGGAGAGAAGAGUUCCAUGUCAGAGACGUUGGACAGUGCAGACAGUAUUGACGCCAGGAGAAUGGACAUGAUCUACACCAUCGAAGACACACCUCCCUGGUACCUGUGUAUAUUCCUGGGCUUACAGCACUACCUGACGUGUUUCAGUGGUACCAUCGCGGUGCCGUUCCUGCUAGCUGAAGCCAUGUGUGUAGGGUUUGACCAGUGGGCUACCAGUCAGCUCAUAGGAACUAUCUUCUUCUGUGUGGGAAUUACCACCCUGCUACAGACUACACUGGGCUGCAGGCUUCCUCUGUUCCAGGCAAGUGCAUUUGCCUUCCUGGCUCCCGCCAGAGCAAUCCUGUCACUAGACAAGUGGAAGUGCAACGCUACAGUGGUUCCGCCCAUGUUCAACGAAACCGAGCUGUUCAACACUGAACACAUCUGGCAUCCCCGAAUACGAGAGAUCCAGGGGGCUAUCAUUGUGUCGUCUCUGAUAGAGGUGUGUAUCGGCUUCCUGGGGCUUCCAGGACUCCUGUUGAAAUACAUCGGCCCUCUGACCAUCACCCCAACCGUGGCCCUCAUCGGCCUUUCUGGCUUCCAGGCUGCAGAGAGAGCAGGGAAACACUGGGGCAUCGCCAUGCUGACUAUAUUCCUGGUGUUGUUGUUCUCUCAGUAUGCGAGGAAUGUACAGCUUCCUCUGCCCAUCUACAAGGCUAAGAAAGGAUGGACCUCUUAUAGAUUACAGCUCUUCAAGAUGUUCCCCAUCAUCAUGGCCAUCCUGGUGUCAUGGCUGAUCUGUUUCAUCUUCACUGUAACCAACGUUUUCCCGCCGGAGAAAGACAAGUACGGUUACUACGCCCGCACUGACGCACGCCAGGGGAUACUGGCAGCUGCACCUUGGUUCAAGAUCCCCUACCCCUUUCAGUGGGGUGUUCCUACGGUAACAGCAGCAGGGGUGAUCGGUAUGUUCAGUGCCGUGGUCGCUAGCAUCAUCGAGUCUAUCGGGGACUACUAUGCCUGUGCCCGACUCUCCUGUGCCCCCCCACCCCCUGUUCACGCCAUCAACAGGGGUAUAUUUAUGGAAGGUCUGUCCUGCGUGUUGGAUGGGCUGAUGGGGACAGGAAACGGCUCUACUUCCUCCAGUCCUAAUAUAGGCGUGCUGGGCAUCACUAAGGUAGGCAGUCGGCGUGUGAUCCAGUACGGUGCUGCUAUGAUGCUGCUGCUAGGGUUGGUGGGUAAAUUCAGUGCGUUGUUUGCCUCCCUGCCUGACCCUGUCCUGGGGGCGCUGUUCUGUACCCUGUUUGGAAUGAUCACAGCUGUGGGACUGUCCAACCUGCAGUUUGUAGACCUCAACUCCUCCAGGAACCUCUUUGUUUUGGGCUUCUCAAUCUUCUUUGGCCUGGUGCUGCCCAGCUAUCUCAAACAGAACCCUCUGGUCACUGGUAUAGUGUCGCUAGAUCAGGUGUUGAACGUGCUCCUGACCACAGCCAUGUUCGUAGGGGGGUCAGUGGCAUUUGUGCUGGAUAACACUAUCCCUGGUACCAGGGAGGAGCGAGGGAUCGGGAAGUUGAAGCGAGGGUCGGGACCCAGUGCUGCGGAGCUGGAGGGAAUGAGAACCUACGACCUCCCGUUUGGCAUGGACUUCCUGCGUCGUCACACAGUCUUCCAAUACUUCCCCAUCAGCCCUACCUUCAGCGGCUACCAGUGGAGCGCGAUCCGCAAGGCCUGCAGACGUAGGGGUGGACGGGGGGAGGCAGGAAAGGGAGCAGAGACGGAGAGAGUCACAGAACCAGGGGAGAGCGGGGUAUAGCAGACGGGUAGGAACGGGCUGGAGGGGAGGGGGAAGGGAUGGAGCUUGGAACCGUGGAAGGGAGGAGCGGGAUGGAAGGGAGGGGUGGAGGUUUUUGGGAUGUGUCAGUGCAGUGUGACAUGCUCAACCCUGUCUUGUAUGUCUGUGUGUCUGUAGAACUCCCUGUUUAUGCCCUAUCCAUGCUGUUAUUAGCAUGUUAUAACAGGUGACAUUAGCGUGUUAUAAUGUCCUUAUAGAGGAGGGUUCAGGUGGAGUUGCAACACUCUCUGGCUCUCGUCUCUACCUAGUAUGUGUGCAUAAGAGCAGUGUAUUAGACAGCCCCUUUAUUGAGGUCCCUGUCUUCCCAAUACACUAUUUCUACUGGGUCCUUAAGUUCAAGCACUUAUUUUCAAGGUCAACCUGUCUACAUUAAUUCCAAGAAAUAAAAGGUUUCUUCUCAGCCGUUGAACCAAAAUACUCUUAAUAUAUUACACUCCCAGGUGCUCCGCGUGCAUUUGUGUGUGUGUGUAUGCCAACCCAUGACAUUGUGAUGGGGUUGUGUGUGUCACUUGCACUGGCGCAUUCCCUGUUUAAGGACAGAGAUGGAAAGUAUCUCAUUUACAACAAAUGUUUUUAAGCUGAAUCGUUGACACCUUACAGACCCAAUGAGAAUCAGACGAAGCUAGUCAGUCAGCCCUGUUUAGCAAACCUACACUGCCCCCGGUGGUUAUGGGAAAUGUAGUCCUGUUGAAAGGGAACUGAAUUAAAGUUGGAGAGGCUUGAUGCAAAUUCACAUUAAACUAAUAAUUUGCCUGCACACUACAUUUACACACGCACACUAGCGAGCACAAGCUUAAUUGCAUGCAGAUAGUGUAGAUGCAAGUGGCUUGUCAAAUGGCAAACCUUAGCCAUGCAAAAUGAUUGAUCUUCAUUUCGCACUAUUAGUGCGAAGAGUUAAUGCACCGAAUGUUAGUUGAAAACUGCUUCUCUAAUUGGCUUCUACCCACAUAACACGGCCACACUUCAAACACAACAGAUCAGACAAUGUCAUCCACUGGACGAUGGGCUCUCAGUCCCGUAGCCCUAGACACUUUUCCUAGUGCCCUAGUCCUAGACACUUUUCCUAGUGCCCUAGUCCUAGACACUUUUCCUAGUGCCCUAGUCCUAGACACUUUUCCUAGUGCCCUAGUCCUAGACACUUUUCCUAGUGCCCCAGGCCUAGACACUUUUCCUAGUGCCCCAGGCCUAGACACUUUUCCUAGUGCCCUAGUCCUAGACACUUUUCCUAGUGCCCUAGUCCUAGACACUUUUCCUAGUGCCCUAGUCCUAGACACUUUUCCUAGUGCCCUAGUCCUAGACACUUUUCCUAGUGCCCUAGUCCUAGACACUUUUCCUAGUGCCCUAGUCCUAGACACUUUUCCUAGUGCCCUAGCCGUAGACAUUUCUAAAUGACCUCUCAUAGAUCUGAAGGAGAAUGGAUGUCAGUAUCCUGGUAAAAGCUCAUUCUAGCCCUCUAAAGGGAUAAUUGAAGCUAGUACCACUGAUUACACGGGUCUGUUUCUUUCAAUCCAGCAGGUGCCAUGAAGAAGUGUUUAGGCCAGGGGUAAGAGCUAGGGCUGUGGAUGAGGUCUUGAUUUAAGACUGGGACUGUUGAUGUUCACCCAGUCAGCUUGCAAGCCUUACUGUGUCAGUAUUAUCUUUAGCAUCGUUAACAAAUGCAGCUCUCUCCUGAACGCAUACACCCUCAACCAGCUGCUGUUAUUACAACUGGAGUUAAUACAGCAUUUGAAGGUUGACUUAUAAACUGCUUAUAAGCCAUUAUUGCAUAAUAUAACUAGUAUUAACUGCUUACAAGUCAAUGUAAGUUUUAUUGAAAUGUAACAUUUAUUAACAUGUAUUACCUGUAAGGACCUAUAAUCAUAAAUCAUGAAAAACAGACUAUACAAUGUAAUAGUUUAACAAUGUUCAUGAGCAGUUCAUAAGGACACUUUCAAAAACUUUUUCACGUUUGUACUUUGUUUAGAGAGGCUACACCGAUUUAGCGCGAAGCAGAAUGCACUUGGUUAGCUAGUUGUGUGAUCACAACGUUGUUUUUGAAAUGCAGACCUUUUUCUAUUUCACUGAUGUUCUUCAUUUUGUUAUUGUGUUCGAUUCAUACUUAGUCUAGUGUUCUGUAGUGUUUGUGAGCACAUUCAUGGUCAUAUAGGUGGUGUGACCACUGCCCAGGCCACAGCCUAAGUGAGGAUCAUGCUAUGAUAAAGGCUUACAUGCAGAGUCACACCAGUGCAUGGUUUACAAAGGAAGGAAAUGGAGAGACGCUCCACAGAUUUAGCUAUGGAAAUUACCAGAAAGAUGCUUUGAAAUCUUUUGUACCCAGAUGCCUGACAAAGUGAGAAAUGGUGAGAGAAAAGAGGUGAUUUUUAUGGUACCAAUCCUCUCCCUGAUCGCUAUAGGCUCUCCUUCCCUCUGCUCUGUCCUACUCUGAUACAGGUGUCAGAGGUCUACACUACUGUUCUGUUCAAGUGAACACAUUAUUUGAUUUACAGAGACCAUAGCAUAGUCUUCAAAGUUUAAUGGUUGUGGGGUAGAGAGUGUAUUUGAUGAUGUUGAUAGGAGUGUCCUGGGGGUAUUUGUUCACAAUGGCUCACAGACUACAAUCUUGUCCUGCACCUAUUGAUUCUGUCUAUUGUUCUACUAUUAUUAUGAUUGUUACUGGUGUCAUUAUUCGUGUUGUUGGCAUUGUUCACGUGUUUGGUUCUAUGUGCCGACCCCCAAUCCCCUCUACAUCACUCACUUGCCUCACCCUCCCUUCUUCCAUCCUCACAUCAACUGUAGGAACCUGCACCUCAACUUCAAAUACAACUUUAUUUAUAGUUCCUGUAACAUACAGUACAGGUCACACCUCACAAGUUGAAUGUCCUCUAAUGACUGACUACACAUUCAGUGGACCAGUAAAUAUCACUCAAUACUAUUGCCAGGUAGUGCUCCCUGACUGUGUGUGUUCACAUGUUUCAGAGCUGGGGUCAAGUUCAAGUCAAGAAUUCAAAAACUGGGGGUGCGUCAGAAAUGGCACCCUAUUCCCUAUAUAGUGCACUGUACUACAUAGAGAAUAGAGUGCCAUUUGCGACACAAUGAGUGUGAUUGACAUGGAGAUGACCCUCUGGAACCUCUGCUAUGUGUGUCUGGCCUGGAGCGCUGUGUUUUACUGUCUGAGCCGUCAUCUAUAGAAAAGCCAUGGUUGAUUGUUGGGGUAGGGUUGAAUUGGGACUCCUCCUGGCCAGUAUUGUUCUCUAUUAUAAGCCUACAAAACAUAGUUGACUUAAAAAGAUGCACAGAUAUGCAUAAUGAUUGUGAUCUUUGCAGAACCAAAAUGCAAAAGAAGCACCUGUCCUUUCUUCAUUCUUUUUCAUCAACUAUUUCUCUUACUCUUCUCUUUGCUGCACCAAAACAAUGAGUGGCGAUAGUCACUGGUUCAGACAUGUAGAAAUGUAAACCAUUUUAAGUAACAUUUCAGAUUGACUUGGAUUUCUCAUGUUUUAUUUAUUUAUUUAUGAUUAGUAAGAGUCUGUUUAGUGGGAUGUAUGUGAAGCCAAUUUGUGUGCCAUAUGCACAUUGUCAGAAAGACAUUAGUUUUGAGUUUACUUGUUAGUUUACUGGCCCUAUUAGAAUGUUAUUCCGAUUUUCCACUGAGAUACUGAUAUUGUUAGUCCCCACAGGCAGCAGGUUGAAGUUACCUCUGGAUACUGAUCACAGAUCAGUUUUGUGUUUUCUCCCUUAAUGAGUGUGGUUAGAAUUUGUUGUGACUGGUCCUAUAUCUGUGCCUAAGGACAACUUGUACAACAAGCUCUGUGAAGGGAGAGGCUCCAGCGUGUACUCUUUAGAACCUGAACAGAGAAAAGCAACAUUCUUACUAAGAUCAUAUAAUCACACAUGGUUCUCUUACAAGAAGUCAUUCCAUGCAUGUUGUAUUUUUAUGAAAAACCUUUUGAACUGGACAUGGCUCAGUUAGGGACCCAGGGUGAGAGGGAAGAGGUUGAAGAGAGGGCAGUCUAGAACAGGGGUUCUCAAACUUUUUAGGUCUUGGAACCCCUUUUGUGAUGCCAAAUUUCAGGGACCCCCCCUCAUAAUCAGAACACUACUUGAGUGAGCUGAACAUUUGCAUACAAGGAAGAACCGAGGUUGAAGAGAUUUUUUGUGUUGCAGAUUUAAAGCUAAUAUCUGGAGAUGGGGAGUGGGACAGGAGGGGUGUAUUCUGCCACUUGUGGUGAAAUAACUUUGUACACACAUGCAUAUUCUAUAAUGCAAUUUCUAUGACGUCACCACACACUAAUGCAACUAGCAGAGAUUCCCCUCCACACCUGCAGUGCAAAUAUGGUGUAAGUGUCCUCUCUGUUUUAGUGUACCUGUAUUCUCUAUUGAAAUGGUGAUGUUGAAUGCAGGAAUAGACACUGGUUGGCCACUAAGAGUCUGUGGAUCCAGGGCAAGGUUCAGUGAUCUAAGGUCAGUUUUGCAUUCCUCCAGACUAAUGGUUAGGGUUAGGAUUUGGGGCGGGUAGACUGUUCCUAGAUUGUUGUCAAAGGGCAUUUUUCACCCAAAGUGCUGAUCGGUACUUAGCUUGUUUUGACUUUGAUAUCUUUAGUUUGUAUUGCAUGGACCUCCUUGGUGCCGAUAGAUUCUUCUCACAGCAUGGAUAGUAAAAAAACUUUCAAAAAACUGAAUUAUACCCCUAAAACUGUUAAAUAUAACUACAAUAUAAACCAGGGGUACAUCUGAAAUGGUUUACUAUUUCCCAUGUAGAGCACCACUCACUCUGGAAAGUAGCGCACUAGGGGAGUAGGGUGUCAUUUGAGCUUCAGCCCAUAGCUCACCUCAUUUGAGCCAAUGCCUCACCUCUGCAUGUGCUUUCUCACUCAAGGUCAGGAGGUGUAUGACACAAAGAAAUCUAUCCCUUUCAGUUAUUUUGAAGGGGAAGCUACCUGAAGAAUAUGCUUUUUGUCUCGUGUUAUCUUUUCCAAUGUUUUCUUGUUUUUUUUUAUACAUAAUUUGUUUUUACAAAGAUGUUUGUAAGAAAAUAAAUCAUGCCUUUUUAAUCUUAAAUUGUCAUGCUGCAAUGCGCACCAUUUUUGUUACAUUUUUAUUUAAUAAACACAAGAAAAUACAUUUUUUUCUAUUUCAAAUCUGUAGUUUGGUGGAAUACUUUUGCUAGCUGGACAUUUUUUCAUAUUGUAUUUUUCUAACAUUGCUUCCUGUUAUCAAGUUAAUACAGUAUCAGUACAAAUUGCGGGAGCUGACUUUAAACAGAUGUAUAAAUAUAUAUUGAAUUGAGUACAAUGUGCUAAGAAACUUCUGGACCAGGCAUUGUGUAUACUAACAGUAGCAACAAAAUGUUAUUCUUUGUUCCUAAAGCUAUUUAAUAAGAUGUUACAGAAUCAA